GGCAAAAUGAAAGGAAAGAACCACCAAUCAACCAUGCUUUCUUUUCUGGCAGAAAUAUCCAAUUCACUUAGCUUAACCUCAUAUUCUUCACUGAAAUUUUUGGUUUGGAAAGAUUAAAUAUGGCAACGUUUCAAUUGGGUUCUAUAGCUCUAUCUUCCUCCAUCUCUUUAAACUUCAAUCCCAUUAUCAAACUAUCUAAGCCCCUCAGCUUCUCUAGGAGAAGAAAAAUCAGAGCUGUAAGCACCAUCCCAGAUACUGAAUCCGAAGCCACAGAGCCCGAAGGACCUCCCUCAGUUGAUUUUGCUUUUGUUAAUUCUGUGUUACUUCCUGAUGGAACCCCAGAUGUGCAUCUCCGAACAGCAAGUGGUGGACAAAAACUAAGGAAUAUAAUGUUGGACUCAAACAUUGAUCUAUAUGGCCCAUAUGGUAGGCCUCUUUUGAAUUGUGCUGGGGGAGGAACUUGUGCUACGUGCAUGGUGGAGGUUGUUGAAGGAAAAGAGCUAUUAAAUCCUCGAACUGACAAAGAGAAGGAGAAACUCAAAGGGAAACCAAAAAAUUGGAGACUCGCAUGCCAAACCACAGUUGGUCAAGCCGAUUCCAGAGGACUGGUCGUUGUCCAACAAUUGCCUGAAUGGAAAGUUCACGAAUGGAAUUAUGAAAAAGUAGACACUUCGGAGCUUAUUUAAAGACAUUUUUGUCAUAAUUGUAAAUUAUUAAAACAAAAUUAUGUAUAUUGAGUGACAUUGUUUACCUACGCAGGAAAUAUUUGUUACACAUAUAAUACACUAACAGAGAAAUUGGCAGUUAUAAAUACUCAUUUUUUGCUAUA